UAACAUUAUCUUAUAAUAUUUGUUUGAGACAAUGACCAGCAUCUUUAACCUUUCCUUUUCGUUAUGUUUUUACGUGUACCACGUUUAUAUAAAUUCUACGGUUUUUACAUUUGGUUCGUACCAGAGAUUAGACACUGAUUAAUUACUCUAGUGUGAUAAUCUCUCACGGGUUUAAAGCUCAGAAAUGGCACCCUUUGUCAGCAAUAACUAUGCUUUGGUGUUUUUAUCUGUUCUCUUUUCUCUGGCCAUGCACGUAGCUCAUGGGAAUAAUGAUGCGCCACCAUUAUUCAUAUUUGGAGACUCAACUUUCGAUGUUGGAACCAACAAUUUUCUUAGGUCCAAAGCAAGGGCCAAUUUCCCCUACAACGGCAUUGAUUUUUAUAAUUCACUUCCCACAGGAAGGUUUAGCAAUGGCUUCAACACUGCAGACCAAAUUGCGAGGCUAUUCGGUUAUCAGCAGAGUCCACCACCUUUUUUGACUUCACAGAAAAAUAAAAACAGUUCCAAGAAUAACAUUCUGCAGGGUGUAAAUUUCGCGUCAGGGGGAUCAGGAAUUCUCAGAGAAACAGGGUCCUUGGAAUGGGGAGAAGUGGUUUUCUUUGAAAGACAGGUGGCACAAUUUGCAUCGGUUCGUGCAAGAAUCAACGGGAUACUGGGAGGAGAAAAAGCUGAUACAUUUGUUUCGAAGUCUUUGUUUCUCAUUAGCGUUGGAAGCAAUGAUCUCUUCGAUUUUGCACGUAACGACAGUGGGUCCAUUCAUUUGGGCGCAGAAGAAUAUUUAUCUGUUACACAACACACAUACUACUCUCAUUUAAAGAAGCUUUAUGAGUUGGGGGCUAGAAAAUUUGGCAUCAUAAGCGUUGCACCCAUAGGAUGUUGUCCCGCUAUAACGUCUGGCAAUGGAGGGCAGUGUGUGAAAGCACUGAAUGAUUUUGCAGUUGCGUUCCAUUCAACGACUAAACUUCUUCUCCUGAAGCUGAGUUCAGAAUUGGAAGGCUUCCGCUACUCACUUGCUGACUCUUUUCUGAUGACCAACACCUUGUUAAACAAUGCAUCUGCUUUCGGGUUGAAUGAAACGAAGUCAGCAUGUUGCGGAAGUGGGUAUCUGAAUGGAAAAGAUGGAUGCAUAAAAGCUCACAACGCUACUCUUUGUGCAAAUCGAGAAGAGUUCUUGUUUUGGGAUUGGUUUCAUCCUACUGAGAAAGUUUCUAAAUUGGCUGCUGAGACGGUAUUUGGAGGAGGCAUCAACUUUGUUAGUCCAAUCAAUUUUAGCCAGUUAGCUUCUUCCUAUUGAUGAUGUCUCGGUCAUAACAAACUAUUACAAUUUUAUAUGAAAUAACGAAGCUGGCAUAUCUCAACGCCACUCUUUGCUUUUUUGUUCAGAAAAAGUAUCAUAUUUGCUCAUCGAUACCUCAAAAUUGUAUCGUGUGUGAGCGUGUAAUAAGAGUUGCAAUUUAUAUAAGAGGCAUCAAGUGAUUGUAUUGUUUGA